GCAAGAAGAUUUAGAUUUCGUUUCCUGUGAGAACGAUCGCUAUGAAAGUGAAAUAUUUAAAUGGAAAAAUGAUCGGUUAGUUGAGGCCAUAGCGCAAGAAGAAUUUGAAUUUGUAAAAGAGACUUACGAAGCUAAAGCACGUGCACAUAGAAUAUAUGAAGAAGCAGAGCAGAUGCGCUUAAAGGCUAUUAAAGAAUGGCAAAAAUACUGGGUUCAAAUGGAGGCUAAAUAUGAAAAAGAAAGACUUGAAAGAAGACGACGAUUUGAAUCAGAGCAAGCUAAGAUAGAAAAUCAAAAACUGGCACAGGUUAAGGCAGCAGUGGCUGAAGAAAAAAGAAAGAGGGAAGAGGCUUUAAAAGCGGCGGAAAACGCCAAAAAAAUUCAAGAUAAUGUUAAAACUGUGACCGAAAACAAUACUAAAAAUCUUGUAUCGGACGAAAUUUUGAAACAAGAAGAGCGUUAUCGCAAUAUGCUUAAAAGCAUACAAGAUAAAUUUUCAAAGAAUUCUCAGCUGAAAUCUGCAACUACCGAAACGAGAAAGAACAUCACACUGGGAUUAAACAUUCUUACGAACGGACGAACGGAAAUUCUUAAAAUUGCUUCUCAAUUUGACGUAAUGCUGAAAAAUCAUCAAAACAAUUCGGACGUUUACUAUUUUCUUAUUAAUUAUAUUGCAAAAGGAGUAGUGGUUAGUAUUAUCAAGAAACACGCUGAAGUUGAUGUGGUAUCUAAGGAACCUGCAGCGUUCCCCUUUGCUCACUUGUGUGUGUUGAUUUCCACGCAACAUGCAGAAUUCAUGGAGUUUUUAAUGACUCGCCUUGUUAAAAAAUGUCCAUAUGUCUUACCACGUUAUCAUAUUAAACAGGCCGUAGGUUAUUUGUGGGGGGAUUUUUUUGUUGAAAAAGACAUCAUAUCUGCUGUCUGA